UUGUAGAAGCGAUCUGAGCAGUAGUCUGCUUGAGGCGGUGAGAAUGGGCUAUUGAGUUUGUUUGCUGUAGGUUAACGUGAUGUACGCAGAUUUUAUGAGUGUGACUGUUCUUUGUAAAGAGCCCUGGUUAUAGGGUAUGCAAUAACAAUGUCGCAGAAGCAAAUCACUUCUGCGGCAUUUGCGAAAAGGCUAAUGACGCUCUUGUCGGGAUCACGAUUUGGAGAGGUGAUGUGGACCCGGUGCAGUACAAGCGCUCUUGCUAGUGGUCAACUAGUCGUGUAUGAGCCCGUCUCUGAUUUUGUUAGACAUGUUAAGAGAGCGUUGCAGUUAAAGGAACGUGUUGUACCACAAUUUGAGAAAAAUUACUGCUUGCUUUGCGAGACUAGUAUUACCCACAGAUCUCCAUGGGUCAGAUCGCAUUUAGAAGAAAAUGACAAGACGAGAAAUCGUAACGAUGUGCCAGGGUGUACUGCCAAUUAUGAAUUUAAAAUUUCGAGGAGUGUUAGAAAUUUUACGAAGAAACUUGAGUUAUUUUCCAGUGAUGGCCUAGGGAUUAUGAUUUUGAAACGCAGUAUGAGUAGUGCUGUGGCACGAGCUCCGCUAGCAACAGAAGUUACUUGUUCAUCAGUAUUGAGUGUGGUUGAGCCACAAACACCUAAUGAAGAAAGUGGGAAUUUUUCAUACAAGAAUAAUGGUGAAAAACUUGAAAAUGAAUUAGUAAUGUUACAAAAUGAGAAUUAUGCUCAUGCUACCUUAAUUCCUGAACGCAUUCUAAGAUCUGUUGACCAACCUACCACAGACUCAGGAAAGCCAACAAAUGAGAAACCUACAAAAGAGCAGCAGCAGCAUGUUUAUGAGACACUGAAAAAUACACUCCCAAAACUGUUUGUUCAGCCAAUGGACUAUAGUAUUUACCAUCCAGAGAUAAUCUUCGAAAACAACAUAAGAGGAACAAUAACUCAAGGGAUUGUGCCAUAUGUUUGUCAGAUAGCUGCUGUAAGAGUAGUUGGGCACCUCAAAUUUGCAUUCGUUAAAAUGGAUGUGUUGAAGAUAACACUCCACGUUAAAGAAAAAAUGGUAAAAGUUCGCUGGAGGAUUAGAGGAAUUUCUGGGUCAAAGGUGUUUUUGUAUUUUUGGAAGUACAAAAUAUGGAAUAUGGAUGGUGUUAUGGAGGAAUUCCAAGAUACGUGGUAUGAUGGGUUUUCCAUUUAUUGUAUUGGUGAGGAUGGAAGAGUAAUAAAACAUAUUGUUGAUAAGGUAAUGCCAGAUGAUGACACUUGUCCUGCUAAUAUUCAGAAUCCAUCACCCUUGACAGCAAACAGCUGAAUGUAACUAGUUUCAUAUGAGUAAUCAGCCGCACGCAGUCUUCAAGACACCAGCAUUUUGUGCAUUUUGUGAUGAGUUGUUAGACAAAUGUGUACAUAUGAGCUAGCUGUGAUACAAAUUAUAAAUUGUCAGUUUCUACAUGCUCCAUUGUGUGUUGUUACAGAUUAUGGUUCUAUAAAUGUUUGCCACACUUUCAUGUCCUUCUCAAAUGGAAUGAAGCCCAAGCAUUUAUCACAGUCAUAAUUUGAAUGCCUGUUGAAUGAGGCAUGUGACAAGUUAUUUAUUAAACACAAUAUGAAAGUUUUGUUUCAUUAUUAAUGUCACAGACAGAUGUAUUGUUCAAAAUUUCAUAUUAAGUUUGUGAAAAUAUAUGGCUCAUUUGCAAA